UUAUCGUUCUGUUCUUAUACAAUUAUGUCAAUAAAUCCUAUCUCAAAUAUUAAACUUGUGUGUUGGUGUCAUCACGGAGGAUCAGGGUGCGAUGGAGAAUUAUCUUCUUACUUUUAAUGAGGAUUCAACUAUUCCUUCGGUAAUGGUAUAUUUUAUAUAACGUGUUUUGGCCAGGUCGGUGAAUUUCACCUUUCACUUGUGGACUACUUAUGGCGACUUGUUUUCAAAGCAUCAGACCAUAACACACACUCUUAGAAGCCUGUGUGAGGGCGGGGCGGGCCCAGGGUGUGGUCACUUUCAUAAUCUGUGAUUUGUUUACUGCUGGUGGUAGGAAGCUGAUUCCGGCACUGCAUUUGAGCACACAGAAACUAGUCGGCCACUAUGGACCGCAUGAAGUUGGUCCUCCAGUAUUUCCAGACCAACUCAGAGUCCAUCUCCAACGGUAUCUGCAUUGUGCUGGCGCUGGUCAGCGUCAAACUGUACACCAGCUUCGACUUCAACUGCCCCUGCCUGCCGCAGUACAACAAGCUGUACUCCAUGGGCGUGAUGAUAGUGCCCCCGAUCAUCCUCUUCUUCCUGGGCGUGCUGGUGAACCGACACACCGGCAUCAUGAUGGACGAGUGGGUGAGGCCGAUCGGGAAAAGGACGAAAAACCCUGCUGUGGUUAAGUUUCUGUUCUCCGCCAUGCUCCAGAGAUCACUGUUGGCCCCCAUGGUUUGGAUCCUGGUGACCCUGAUGGACGGGAAGAUCUUCAUAUGUGCUUUUAGCAUGGGCGUGGACCCGAAUACCUUUACCGGAAUGCCAAACAAUACUGGUCUGGACGUGCACAGACUCAUGGCCAAGGUUCCCUGCAAGGAGGACGUCAUCUUCAGGAACAGUUCAUUCCGUAAGGCUGUGUCACGCUACGUCCGCUGCUAUUCCCAGGCGCUCGGCUGGUCCAUCCUGCUGUUACUCAUCAUGGUGGGGGCGCUGGGCCGGCUCAUCAAGCCCUGCUUCGACGACCACGGCAGCUCCAUGCAGACGCGCUACUGGAGCAACUACCUGGACGUGGAGCAGAAGCUGUUUGACGAGACGGUGGCGCUGCACACCCGCGACUUCGCCCGCAAGUGCGUGGUGCAGUUCUUCGAGGGCGUGCAGGAGGGAGAGAACGAGCGGGAGGUGCUGAACCUGCCCUACCCCCAGCCGCCCUUCACCGGCUACCGCCAGGUGAUAGAGGACGAAGGGGGAGGAGGGGGAAGGGGAGGACGAAGUGAAAGGGAGGACGAAGAGAUGAAGGUAGAGAAGCUGUAUGGGAUGACCAGGCAGGAGCAGGUGAACCGGAUGCUGAUCAAGUGGUUUGCCUGCAAGCCGGAGCUUGAUGUGACCCACAUCGCCCACCGCAACCGGGUCUGCAUCACCUGGAAGGACGCCUACGGCAGGAGCCUCUACUCAGAUGUUUAGCGCACAGAGAGAACACACAGGCAGGUGUGUGUGUGUGGUGGCUGGAUGAGUGUGUCUAAAUUAAAGUGCAUUAAGGCUGUACAGACUGCUACAGAUGCUGUAGCAGUCAGUGUGUCUGGGAGUUCUGGAUGAGUAUGUGUCAACUAAUUAUAGUCUACAACAAAUGAUUUAGUCAACACUCAUCCACAGCAACUUACCGUGUUGCCAGAUCGAUGCAUACUUCUAAGGUCUGUAUGGGAGGGAGUAAUAUUUCAUAAGAUUAUAGAUACAAAUAUUUUUUAUUUAAAAAGGAUUGAAAAGAUGAAUAGCUUCAAAAACACAUGAAACUCAAAUAAAGCCUCUGAAUGACCUUGUUUAUAUCAUGUGUGUAACAUAUACAUCUCAGGCAUGGCAGUGUAAUUGAUACCCGUUCAGGUUGUAAAUAAGAUAACACCUUUUCCUGCUCUAGUAUGACCCGAUGGGUGAAGCGGGCAGGAUCCUAUUGCUCAACGCCUCCUUUGUGUUUGAGCCGGACCACAAGGUAUGGUCUACAAGGCAGGCUGUGCCCUGGGGGCUAUUUGAAUAGGUUGGGUCCUCGGUUUAGCUCCUUUUGCAUACAGGUGGUUGAGUUUACAUUGGGUUGGGUCUCCUGAAUACAGGGGGAACCUUCUGGCUAGCGAUCCGAUCAACUACCUGGGCCAAGCUACACGGCCCAUUUAACACAGGUGAGCUUGUCUGUCAUGUUUUAUAAUUAUGUUGAUCAUAUAUUGGUCAUAAAUAUUAUAGAAGACCUUGAUAAAAUACAUUCAUUAAGGAUUUAACGGUUUGGCAUUAACCCAAAUAUUUUAAAUAGAGAGAGAAAAACCUCUAUUUAUGAGAUUUUUUUGCAAGACUUUGAAUGCAGCGUUUGUUGAUUAUUUUUAUGGACCCAUGACUAAAAAAAGUAAUCUAUGUUUGUGUAAAUGUUAAGAGUGUAAAAAUAAGUUUUAUUCAAAUGAGAUAUAAUAUGGUGCAUAUAUUUAACAAUACUGUUGUGUAAAGAAAUGUCUGAAAUAGUUUUUAAGGUGUAAAAAAGUUAAGUAAAUGUAUGUCCUGUGUGAAUAAAAUCACUUCAAAUA